CAUACAAUGAUCUUGAUUAUUUGUUUUAGCUCUUUGGUGGGUUUGUAGAUGUGGUUAAAGUUUUGUUUUCUUAAGUUUUGGAAAGGGAAUUAAAUGUUUCCUGUUGAGUCAAUUAACUAGGGAGAUUUCUGUUUUACAUCUCUAGCCUUUUGCUAUUUCUCUUUUGUUUCUAGACGGUCAGGUUAGUUAGAUCUUUGAGCUCUGUUUUCCCCGAUUUUUGUCUAGCUGUUUUAUACGCUUUGAAAAUUUUAUCUGCUUAAUAUUGAAAACUGUUUACAAUUUCUACUGGUUUACAUAUUGAUAGGAAGACUUCACAUUUUAUGUUUGUAAAUUGGUUUGGGUAAUCUUGUUUGUUAUGUCAGGAGAUGUACUUUUAAAUAUGUUGCCUGUCUUGUCAGUUUGUAUUUCACUUUGUGGUUAUGGAAUUCUCUACAUCGUGUGUUAUGCAAGGCUACAGCUAAAUCUAAUUAGAAGUGCAGUUGAUGGGAGAUAUUCGGUGGCUCUGGCAGGACAUGUUCUUCCAGGUGCAUAAUUUACUUCUUUGGCACUAGAAGCUUUACCUUGGUCUCUAUUUUUUUUUUCUUUUUUUCUUUUUUUAUGAUUUAUCCAUCCCCUGGGUCUUAUUUUGAUGGCAAUAGAAGAUUGUUUUCUUUGACUUCAUUCAUGCAUAGGUACAUUCAUUCCCUUUUAUCCUCCUUUAUUCCUUUAUUAUUUAUUCAUACAUUCAUGCAUGCAUUGAUCUGCCUUUGAAUUGUUUAUUUUUAGGUCUUUUCAAGUGAGUUUAGUUUGAGGUUUGGGUUUUUGUAAGCUAGCAAAAAGGGGGGCUGGUGAUACAAGCUCUAGUUUUGAUUUUGGCAACACAUAAAUCUUAGAAUUACCCUUCAAAGAAAUUGUGUACGAAAAGUUUGAAAAGGGGAGAGUUUUCCAUCAAUUUGUUUAUGUACCAGAUUCCCUAACAGUUACCCCAAGGUGUUUUCUUCUCUCUUAGGGUUCAUCCCCAUCCAUCUCUACUCCACGUACUGUGCUUCCUAU